UUUCCUCGCUCCUCGUUCCUUGCACGCGAAAUGUCCUCCGCUCCUGCCUUCAAGCCAUUCAACCUCGCUCUCAUACAGCUUGGCCAGGUCGGCACCGACAAAGACGAGAACCUCAGACAUGCCAGAGAGAUGAUCUCAAGAGCAGUCACCGGUGAUGGUGACGCACAUCCCAGACCAGACCUUGUCGUACUGCCCGAAUGCUUCAAUUCUCUUUAUGGCCACCUUCACUUUCCAGUAUAUGCCGAGACGAUUCGGUUCACGCCUGACAAACCGUACGACAUUGCCUCAUCUGAAAGCCAGACCGUAAAGAUGCUGUCAGCUGCCGCCAAGGAAGAGGGUGUCUGGCUUCUUGGAGGCUCCAUACCUGAACGGGAUGCGGGAACAGGGAAGCUGUACAAUACUGCGACUGUCUAUUCGCCCCAAGGAGAACUUGUCGCUACCCAUCGCAAGGUCCACUUGUUCGAUAUCGAUAUACCUGGGAAGAUCAAGUUCAAGGAAAGCGAGACGCUCAGUGCAGGAAAUACCCUCAACUAUUUCGAUACGGACUUCGCGCGUAUCGGACUCGGGAUCUGUUAUGACGUUCGCUUCCCGGAGCUGGCUAUGACUGCAGCUCGCCAAGGCUGUCAGGUGUUGAUAUAUCCCAGCGCUUUCAACACGACGACGGGACCUCUGCACUGGGAGUUGCUCCAACGGGCACGAGCGGUCGACAACCAAGUAUUCUUCUCGAUGUGUAGCCCGGCGCGGGAUUUGAAGCAGAGCUACCACGCGUGGGGCCACUCUAUGGUCGUUGAUCCAAUGGGGACAGUGAUUGCGGAGGCGGGCGACGAAGAGGCCAUCGUGUUCGCGCAGAUCGAUCCGAAAGUGCUCCAAGACGCGCGGGCGGGGAUUCCGGUGACGACGCAGAGGCGGUUCGAUGUGUAUCCGGACGUGAGCAAAAGAGUAUUGUAGUGUAUGUGAAUGACAUGGCCAGUGUGCUGAGUACAAGACAAAC